AUGUCGGAUUUCAGAGGGGGAAGUGUCGUCACCCCACGGGCGGUGAAGUACCUGCGCCGGUAUCAGUACCAUGGGUCCGACCGCUCGCUCUUGUACAAGUACGUCCUCAGCCCUCUCGCGGAGACGUGCCUGGUUUUCCUGCCCUCUUGGAUGGCGCCCAACCUCGUCACGACGAUAGGUCUCGGCCUCACCACGGCCUCGUACCUCCUGCUGUACUUGUCGAUGCCGGGGCUCGUGAGCAACGAGUCGACGCCCUGGUGGGUGUUUCCCGCCGCCGCCGCCGGGCUGAUCGUUUACCAGACGCUGGACAACAUGGACGGAAAGCAGGCCAGGCGCACGGGCUCUUCGUCCCCGCUGGGCCUGAUCUUCGACCACGGCUGCGACGCGAUCAACUGCUGCUUCGGCGUGGUGUUCGUGUCGUGCAUCCUCGAUGCCGGGUCUAGCCUCCCGCUUCUCGCGGCAAUCGUGCUCAACCAGCUCGUGCCGUUCUUCUUCACGACCUGGGAACACUACUACACGCACGAGCUCAUCUUGCCGAUCGUCAACGGGCCUUCCGAGGGGGUCGUCUUGGGGGCGGUGUCCGCGUGCCUGCGCGGCGUGUACGGGCCGGAAUUUUUCUCCGCGCCGAGGGAGGGGCUCCGCGGCUGGCCGCUGGGGGAGGUCCUGAUGGCGUGCUCGCUCCUCGGGGUGGCGCUCACGGUCUUCAAGCAGAUCUGGGCCUCGGUGAGGCCGGAGCUGUUCCUGACCAAGCCGUACACGAUGGUCCUGUUGUUCGGCCUGCUGCACGUGGACAUGGCCGUGCACCUGAUGGUGUGCCACGUCUGCAACAUGGUGUGCCGGUCUUUCCGGGUGGUGCUUUCUCUUGCCGAGGAGCUGCGACCCGGGGGGGAUGAUUUUGCCCUGCGGUGCGUGCUUCGAGUUGUUGUCGCGACAGGAGUUCGGCGAUCCACGUUUCCUUGUCGACGAUUUGAGAGCGACAAUCGCUCCUUAUAG